UAAUGAAAAACGAGUCCUCCUUUGCUUCCUGUCUAAUUAAAAAAUCAACCUAGAAGAUACGGGCGAUUCUGAAUGAUAUCUGCCGGAUCUUGCUUUCCAAACUGUCUAGAUUUCUUGCAGGAUUUGUAUCUCUAUGCCUCCCCAUUUAAAACUCUCCUACCUUCUCUUCUUUCUCUUCAUGCUCUCUCCUCCUGCACUUCUUUUCUUUCAUACGCCUUUCUUCUAAUUAUGGCCGCCGAGGCUCAUCAGUUCCAUGUUCUUGCUGUUGAUGAUAGUCUCACUGACAGAAAGUUGAUCGAAAGGCUCCUUAGAACCUCUUCUUAUCAUGUUACCGCAGUCGAUUCAGUAACUAAGGCCUUGGAGUUCUUGGGUUUGAAUGAAGAUGAACACACAGAUUCAAUACUUUCUUCUGUUUCUUCAGAUCAUCAUCAGGAUGUUGAAGUAAAUUUGAUCAUUACAGAUUAUUGUAUGCCUGGGAUGACAGGCUAUGAUCUCCUUAGAAAGAUCAAGGAAUCUAAAUCUUUUAAGGACAUACCAGUUGUGAUCAUGUCCUCAGAGAAUGUUCCAUCAAGAAUUAAUAGAUGCUUGGAAGAAGGAGCUGGAGAAUUCUUUCUGAAGCCAGUUCAAUUAUCAGAUGUGAACAAGCUUAGACCCCAUUUGAUGAAAGGAAGAGCUGGAGAAAUUCACUCACCGGAGAGAACAGGAACAAUAUACAAUGGCUUGGAAGUUGUUUGAUUAACAAAGUAUUUGCUUAAUUAUAGAUCACAAAAUAGGAAAAUCCCCAAUUACAGGAUCAUCCACUUAGGUUAUAUUGUAAAUUACUGAAAAAGAAAUAUUCAUUCAAGUUUUGCUGCC